AUGGAGGCCGGGCUGGUGGGGCUGCUCCACGACGUGGGGCAGGCGCUGACCACCGCCUUCGUCGUCCGGGCCUCGGUGGCCGAUUGCCCGGACUGCCGGUGCAGUCCGGCCUUGCACUGCCCUCCGCUGCAGUGCACGUGCCCCAGCGGCGAGGGCACCCUGGCAGCCGCGGCCAUCCCGGGGUGCCACGGGGCUCAGCUGGCCUGGGUGGCGAGCCUCUCGCUCCUGCUGGGCGGCGUGCUCGGGGCCGCGACCGUCUCGUGGGCCGGGCGGCCUCGCUCGAGGGCGCCAGCGGGGCCCAUCGCGGCGCCAGUGGAGGUGGACCGCUCGCCGGGGGGUGGCGACCUCGCGUACCUCGCGCUGGAGCAGGCGAAGGUCUUCCGCAGGUAUCGCGUAGGAGGCCCCGCUCUGUGCCAUGAGCGACUGGACGUAUAUCGUUCGGGGUACGAGAUGACCCCGGACUACGACGACUACGGCGAGACCACGAAUCCAGACGCGGAUGUGAUGGAGAUCCAUUUCGUGCACGGGCAGGGCGGCAGGGCUGGGGUCGUCCCGGCGAACCGAGUCUACGGGUUUUGCCGCCUGCUCACGGCGGCCGUGGUCUGGAGCGCCCUCCGCCGCGGGGCCGCGUCGGGGCAUGGACCGCUGCCCGACGGGCCUUUCCUCCUCACGCUGUCCGCGUUGAACUGUGCGGGCGCGCCGGCGGGCAGCGCAUCGCUGGCGGACCCGUCGAUCGCGGUCCCCCCGUGCCCCGCGCCAGCGGCCCCGGGUGAGCUGGCACUCCCUGGGGCGGCCCCGCCAGCCCCACCGGUGGCCGCGGCCACGCCGGCGCCGGCAGCCGCGGUCCCAGCCGCCGUGGCGCUCGCCCCCGGGGCGGCCGCGGCGCCAGCGGGUCGGGCGCCGGCGGAGCCAGGCACCGUGGCGGCCGCGCCGCAUCCGAGCGGGGAGCCCGCGCCAGGCUGGCACUGGGUGGCCGCGGAGGACGUCGACGGCUCCGUGUCCUUCGGCGCGGAGGUGGCCGUCGGGGUUCCGGGCGGAGCGACCCUCGUGGGACGCGCUGGGCGCCGCGGGCUUCUCACGCUCGCCGGCGGCGGCGGAGCCAGUGCGGUGCUGCUGCGGGACAGCGAGAUCGCGUGGUUCACGCAGGAGUGCCGCGGGAGCGACGCGUGCGCGCUCGAGAUCCCGCCCGACGCCGGGCAAUCUGGCGGCAGUUCUCGGGAGUGGCGCGAGGUGGUGCAGCUGUGCCGCGAGGAGGCCGCCCCGCGGUUUGCCGUGGCCCCGCCCAGGGCGGCGCAGCGGUGCGCCAAGUUCCAGGUGAAGAAGGGGGGCCUGGCCCUCCAUCAAGAGAUGUGGAAGUCAAAGCAGAGGCUGAACCCGACCGGCUUCAGGGUAGACAUGCACGAGACCCUGUCCAAGAUGAUCGAGACCAUGGGCUCGGCCGAUCACCUGGACGUCUACAACUUGGCGAGGGCGGUGUUCGGCUACAGGAAGCUCCGGCUCGUCGAGCACUACUGGGACGACAUGUGUGCGGAGCAGCAGCAGCAGCACAACAUGAAGAUGCCCCUGGAGGAGGCCUUCGCAUUCAAGGGAGGUUCGAGGUCUCCCUCGAUGGUGUGCCCUGAGUUGCUCGACUUGGUGUCAAAUGAGCUGGAGCUGAUCCACGGCAUCAAGAAGAACGCGAGGAAACUGAGGGAGGAGCAGAAGGCCAGCGAGGGCGGCCGGGACGCUCCUCCCGCUGAGUCAUGA